CAAAUUGCCAUACAUAUUUACAUACUCGUAUUUCAGUUAUGCCCAACUACCACGCAACAUUGCGUAUAAUAAGUGGUGCUUUCUUAUAUUGUUCAAAAUUUACACGUAGGCCUGAUUAAGUUGAUAUUUUCAAUGACCAAGUAUCUACUUCUUUUUAAACCACUUAUUUUAAAAUGGUGAAAGUGAGAGAAUUCUGUUGCGGAUUUACACUUCGGACUGGAACACUUAUUAUUUCAUGGAGUUUACUGGUAUAUAAUUGCAUACUUUUACCAGCAACUGCGCAACUUUAUUUUUACGUUUUUCGCUUAAGCAGGAAGGAUUUCAUGAUUGAAUACGGCGGUUAUAGGUUUGAUGUAGCUGAACCUCCUUCCCCGUAUAUUUUUGCAUUCAAUAUACUAGCAAUAGUUGUUGGAAUAGGAGUUUCUAUUCUAGCGAUAUGGGCUCUUCAAAAGAAUGAAGCGAAGUUUUUGAACGGGCUUUUUUGGUAUCUUUGUUGCUCCGUGAUAUUUACCGCAUUUAGUGAAGUACUGAAUUUCAUUGACCCUCUCUUGGAAGAAAGUUUUAAUGGAGCUAAUCCGAUCACUUAUAUUAUUCAGUUCCACCGCGAAGAUACGGAAUAUAUUGCGUUUCUUUCCUUAGCGUAUCUGUUUCAAAUGGGUAUUCUAUCAUACUUUGCGUUGGUAGUUAAAAGUUGUCGAGAUUAUGCACUAAUGAAUGAUACUCGAAAUGUCAAAUUUGUAGGCCCAGAUGCAACAUCUGUUGGUUACAUAGCUGCCUAAAUGGUUGCCUACCAAAAACCCAUGUAGGUAGUAUAUUAUCUGAUUUAAAAAUAUGAAUAAAUUAUUAGAGACAGUUUGAAUAUUUUUUAGGUGCCAACAUAGAGUAAUAAUUGGAUGCAUUUAUGAUGUAAUAAAAAACCGUGAUAUUGAAAAAUAAAUAAAAUACUCGUACAUAGUGUUGCUGAGCGGAACUGAACUGGAACAAACCGGAGCGCUAAACCCCUAACUUUUGGGAGAAUUUUGGCGGAGCGGAAUGGAACCUGGAGCAACUUUCAAAAAAUAUACAGGAGCGAAACCGGAACCGAACUGGAAUAAAAUUUGGGUUUUUAAAGCUCCGACCUGACAAAAUUUUUUGACCUUUAAAGAACAAUUUGCAAGAUAAUACCUAGUGUGAACAAAAGGUGUUUUUGCUGAAAUUUUACCUCAAUAAACUAGAAAAUUAUAAAAAGACAUGGUAAAUGACAUGAAAAAGACCAUAUUAUACAAUGUAGUUUUCCUACUUUUGGAACAAAGCUGCAAUUUUCAGCGAUCAAAAUUCAAAUUUCUCAUGUGAGAUGGACUUUAAAUUUCAUUAAAACGCUCCUAAUUCAACCAUUUUUUUUUUUAAAUUUCGGGGUUUUCAACAUUUUUAACUUCAAUUUUUGCUCAGAACAUGAAAAUUCUGAUGUACUUUGAAUGCAACCUUCUCUAAAACAAAAAAGAAAAAUCGGAGCGGAGCGGAACGGAACGCUAAACUGAAACGGAACAAUAUUUUUAAGCGGAGCAGAAUGAUAUAGGAAACCGGAACAGAAUUAUUUUUCAUGCUGGAGCUGAACCCUGAACCCAGAACGAAAUGUCUCAGUACAUACUUAUGGUCUAGCUUGCUAUGUACUAAAUUUAUUAAACAGUAUAAAAACGUCAUGUUUGAGUGUCCUACUUUUCAUUCUCUCACUCCUCAACCUAUUCCUCAAAUUCUGACUCAUCCAACUAGCUCACUUGCUGUACACUGUCCUAUUACUGGUACAACAAUUCAGUAUUUUUUUGUUCAUUGAAUUGAUUCAUGUAUUUGGUUAUUGGUAGUUAUUGGUAUUGGAACUGAAAGGAGAUUUUAAUUGUUUUAUGAAUGGUUUCUGGAAAGGUUCAAAUAAAGUUUCUCGUUGCUCCUUUUAAUUUUUUGUAUUUUGUCGGACAUUUUUGGCAAAAGAUUAGUAAUUUUCUAUCAUGGUGGAGGCGCCGGGUAUGCCAAAAAUUGAAAUAAUCGUUUUAUGAGCUCAUGAUUUGCGAAUCAUUGAAGUUGAUCCGGCACUAAAUGCAAAGUACGGCAGAUAGAAAAAUGUAUGUUAAAGCCUGUACCUGCGUACACUACAAAUCUGAAUGAAACUUCAGAAUGAUUAAAAUAUCCCAGGUGAAAGAAUACCAUUGGUUUUAAAAACCAAUGGUAUUCUUUCACCUGGGAUCAGUCUUCAAAGAUUUUUCAGGUGUUUAAUUUUCAAUUCAGGGUUUCCUAAAGAAUUGUGGGCAUGGGCGCCAGAGUCCUGCACGGUGUAGUUAAAAGUUAUCUGCGUUAGUCAGCUAUGGUUAUUAGUCAUCCUAAUGUCAGGUUAUAACCGCACCAGCCAGUGAGAUAAUAUUUGUAACUCAGAUAACGUAACCAUUGACUAACUUGUAGUUAAAAUAACUCACUACCUGCGAUUAGGUAUACCGCGUUCUUAUUGGAAAAAUAACAUUUGCUUCUUUCUUAUCUAUUUGAUGAGUCACCAAAAAGGAAUUGAUGAGACACCUACAGAACCGAAGCUAACUUACCGCUGCAUCGGCAGGUAGUUGUAGUUAGUUAUUUGUCGGUUGCGCGCGCCGACAAAACUAACUACAGUUAGUAACGUGUAGUUAAAUUAGCUGAUAGCUCCAGCAGUUAUCCGGCUAUUUUAACUACACCAUGCAGGACUCUGAUGGGCGCUUCAGCAGGGCCAGACCCAUUGAACACGUGGUCUACCUAGAUAUCCCAUUUCAGCCCCCUGAUUUUGGGCUCCUCAAUUAAUCUGCCAAUUUUUUUUCUCCCCUUUUUUAAAGUGCAAGACACUGAGCAUAAAAAUUCAUUCAGAAUUUUUUUAAGUGGCCCAGUUUUUACCUCAUCAGCCCAAAAACGUCGCGGCCCACCGAGAUUUUCUUGGUAACUCGGUGGGUGGGUCCGAGCCUGUGCUUCAAUAUGCAGUUGAGAUCCAUAAUCUGACACCGAAGAAAACGUUAAAAAGGAAAAUGCCCUUAUUUGUUAUUUGUGAAAAAGCCAUGUACUGUAAAAUAAGGUGCACCGGGGCAAGUCAGAAUGAUUUUUUGCAAUUUCAACUUUGACCAGCUGUUACUCCACUUCUAAUGAACCAAUAUGGAUCAAAUUUAUUAUGUAGGUUCCCAUAAGGGUUCUCAACCUAUGGUAAAAAUUUGAGCGCGAUUGACACAGUAGCUUUCGCUCAGUGGAAUAAAAUAUAAACUGUCCUGACUUACCCCAAUUGGGGGAAGUCAGAACAGGCUAAAAUUUGCAGAGGCGUAGAUCACAAACCGAGCGUCCUAGAAAAAUUACAUAGAAACAAAAUUGUAGAGAAUUUAAUUCUCUUUGAGAUCACUCUCAUCAGAUUUUCACUAGGACGCACGGUUCGUCCGCUAUAUGCGAAAAACUAAGAAAUAGAAAGUCUGUAUUUUAGACCAAAUUCAAAAUAAGUUCAAAACAACAACAAAAUACAAUUGAACCAAAGACAUCUAAAAUGAAACUGAAUCGUGAAAAUUUUUAUGCCUUGAUGAAGUAGGGGUAGUACCCUCAAGUCACCUUUAGUGGCACUUCGCCAGAUAUAAACCUCUAGGUGCUAGAGCAAGUUUUCUAACUUACCCCGAAUUCCAACUUCCCCCGGUGCACCUUACAUAAAACGGUUUGGCUGUCUAUCUCAUGUUUUAAUUGCAUCUCCUUUAGCAAAAUUUGAUGAAAGAACUGUAAGAUCUUUUCUGGUUGGUUGCAAUGAGGAUUCAUAUAUUAUUUUUAUUCCCAAAACAGGAAAAUUUACAAGGAGCAAAUAUGUAACUUUUAGAAAGGGGAAAGUGUACGGUAAUUUUUAUGGAAAAGUGAAAGAAAAAUAUGUUUUGGAAAAGGAAAGGAGUACAGAAAAGGAAAACGAUUUUUGGAAAACUCCUCUAUUUCCUAUCGCUAUCAGACCUAAUCAUGAUAUGAGCACUGAUUUCAUAUUGGGAAACUAAAUUUUCAUUUUUAUCUUGAUUUGUUCAAUGUGUAAUGCAUCACUCAAUAAUGGUGGGUAGAAGUUCCCAUGUGACGGAAAUUUUAUUAGAGGAAAAAAAUACAAUCAAAAUUAUAAUAAUAUGUAAAAAAAUAAGUACAUCGCUUUCUUUAUCAUAUCAACCUACGCAACAUUAUAAACUAGCAGCUAGAUCACCAAUAAAGCACCGCGGUUGGAUCUUUCCCAGCUGGCAAAGUGCUGCUAAUUUUUAAAAUAUGCUGCUAUUCAUGCUACUAGAUGCAUGGAUAGCGGCGCGCGAACUGGUUUAUAGCUGUACAGCUAUGUUUGCCACCAUUUGUGCUGCUAUUGCACUACUAGAUGCGCUGCUACUUUUGCUUCCAUUUACGCUGCUAUGGUGCAGCCAAGUGUGCUGCUAGGAGCGCUAUGGGUGUGCACGCUACCAUUUUUUAAAGGAACAAUGAAAAAAAAAAUAAAAACUGGUUUAAUAGUGGUAUAGGGAGGGAACUCGUACAUUCCCCAUACAAUCACUAAACCUCAGCUCUUUGUUAUAGACAAGGUACUCGACCAUUCUAUUCUACAGGGCAUAAACUCGAGCGGUCACCCAUCCAAGUUCCAACCAGGCUCGAUGCUGCUUAACUUCUCCGUUUAAAUGAAAGAAUGAACUGUAACAUGCUAAAGGACUAUUAUUUUUGAAACAGCGCACUUCUGAAGUAUAUUGUACAUGCAUGGAGUUGUACAUUCAACUUCUGGGUAUUUUUAUUGAUUUAUUUUUUUGUUUUAUGCAAACAUGAUAAUUUAUUAUUUAUGUAUUAUUAUGUAGUGCAGAAAACAGGACCAAUUUUCAUAUUCGAAUUGAAAUUAAUUGAAUUUAGUUAGUCUUUUGAGCUUACAAAUUGUCCAUAAAUCUUGACUAAACAUUUAAGAAAACCUUAAAUGAAUAAGUAGGCAUAAAUUCAAAUUUGAAAUCCCAAUUUUCGUAAUUAGGUAUGUUGUCAAAAAUAAUAAAUUGAAAAAUGAUAUUCUGCUUGCCAAUGACAAUAUUCAAUACAUUAGGUAAGUACAAUUUUCUUGCUCAAACAUGCUUUUUGUUCUUAUGCAUAGGGAAUAAGGAAUUUUUUUAGUAAUCUCAAAGAUCAGGGGUACCGAGAUCACUUAGAGAGUUUGAACACUUAUCCUCAAUUUUUACCUUUUUUCCUAAUUUUUCCUCAAUUUUUUGGUCAUUUUAUUUACUUACGAAUCUCAGUAACUUCAUUAAAAAAAAUCAAUCUUUAUACUUGGAGUCAUUUUUGUUCUCAGUCUCGGACCAUAAAAAACUCAACGGAUUCACCACAAAAAAAAAAUUAAGUAUUGGGUAAUUUUAAAUUUUCAAAAAUGAUGGGCUUGUAACGAAAAAUUUGAAUUAUUCUAUUGAUGUCGUAAUAUUUUUGAAAUUUUUCAAAUGAAUUAUUUCAUCCUGGAAAAUUUUUAGCGUACCUACACUAAUUCUGGAAGUAAUACAACAUUAAUUUUGAUAUAAAAAAAUUGUUUUCUCUGACUUUUGCUGUGGUUUCUGAAAAUUUAUAGGCUUAAUCUAAAAUGCAAAACGGCAUCAUUUUCGACUCUAAAAAAUGUUUUUUUUUUCAACGUUUAAAUUGUUCAAACUUGGAACAAUAUUUUAUAAAAAAUAAUGGAGAAUUUUGGGGAAAAAAAUUCACUCCAUGCAAACAAACCUAAGACAAAAGUUUUUGAAAAUUUAUGACUGGGGAAACAGAAAAACAACAUUUUUUAUGGUAAAAAAUGAUAGAUGCUUUAAACCUUGGAAUUCUCCAAAUUUGAGUAGCCUAAUUGUUUUUCAAUUAUUUCAAACUACAGAAAGAAGAAUCCGGAAUUGCAUGUUUUUAAAAAUAAAAUUCAUUCAAUUCAAGCAAAGCAAACACAAGAGAUUUUGAAAAUUUAUCAACAAGGAAAGCAUAACAUAAUCAGUUUUGAUGGUGGAAAAUAAUUUUUCAAACUUGAACUGCUAUUUUUUUUAGAAAUUCCAAAUUUAGGAAAAUAAAAGUCAAGUGACUCCAGCGAAAUAAAUGAAAUAAAUUUGAAGGAGCGGAUGCACUUUCAAUGAUAACUUGGCGGGUCACAAUUUUAUGAGUACCUACCUAAUUCUUUAGAGUUGGAUUGCGAUUUAUAGGGGAAAAAAAGGUGGUUCCAUCCAAAAAAAAAAAAAAAAAAAAAAGUUUGCAAGUAAAAUGAGCUCAAUUUGUUGAAGCAUUUUUUCACAUUUUCUACCAAUAACAGCAUGAAAAAGAAUUUUUAGGCAUUAUUCACUUUUUUAGGCAAUUUUAGAUGAAACGAAAUCCGCAGAAAGAACAAAUAUUUGAAAAUUCUCAAGAAUAUUGCAAAAAAAACUUCAAUUCUUGAAAAUAAUCCCCCAAAAAAAACGUAAAUAGUCUAAAGAAAUAUGUAAGCAUAAGUGAGUAUAAGAUAGGUACCUAAUUAAAUAUUUGAAAAUUGAAAAAAAAACGAAAGAUAUGGGAGUUGAGUCAGUUUUAGAAAUUUCGCGAAAAAAAUAGCCCAAUACAAUAUAAAACUUUUAAAUUAAAAUAUUCCCCAACAAUAAAAAUAAAAAAGAGAAAAAUUCUUCUAAAACGGUUAAAAAAAGAGUUCAUUCUACUGGGAACUUCAUGAAUGUUGAAGAGCAAGAAAAUAGCCCUGGAUAGUGAUUAAUCAAGAAACAUUAAAAAAAAAAUCACCAGUGAUGAAACUAUCUAAUUUUUAUAGCAGUGAAAAGCGGAAUUUACUGCCAGUAGCGCAAGUGGAAGUGCAGUUAGCUGCACUACUAGCUGCGCUACUGCGGAUGCCGCUAAAUUCUAUAGAGGUGCGAUGCCACUGUACGCUUCUAUUCGCGCUUCUAGCUGGGUGAUUAGUAGUGCAAAGCGGCAUUCGCUACCAUAGCGUGAGUGGAAGCGUAGAUAGCUGCACUACUAGUUGCGCUACCGUAGCAAGCCUUUUUUUCUUUGGUGGUGAGUGCUGCUAAACACACCUAUUUUUGCCGCUAGCAGCAUGAUUAGCAGCACUUGAGCAACAAUGCUUCUAGCUGGGUGAAUAGCAGCGGAGAUAGCUGCACAGCUAGUAGCGCAAUGGUAGCAUGACAUAUUACACCAUGGUAGUGAGCACAGCUAUACACUGCCAAUUCCACCGCCACUUCUCAUACUAACACAUUGCGAAGUAAAAUGUAUUUUACUUGAAAAUUUGUGAAUGUGUUGGUAAUAGUAGCGGUGCUACCAUACGCUUCUAGUAGCACAGCUAAUUCUUUGCCAGCUGGGUUGUAAUUGGGCAAGAACUAUCUGCGAAUUGUUUCAAAAUGGUGAAGGUGAAAGAAUUCUGUUGCGGGUGCUCUCUCCGAAGUGGAACGUAUAUUGCAGCAUGGGGUUUACUAGUAUGGAGUUUCUAUCUAUGUAUAUCGGCUGUGUAUUAUUUUAUGUUCAUUCAACGUUGGACUACCAAAACAAGUUCUUGGUUACCAUAUUUACUUGCCUAUGAAGUCACAAGGACCACUAUUGGAAUGACAGUUUCCCUAAUAGCGAUAUGGGCACUUCAAAAG